AAGAUUUCUAUCAAUGUUGCGAUAGUUCAAAUUUAAGUGAAUCUUUCGAUAUAUAAAUAAUGCCUAAGAGCUAACGUCACGUAAUAAACUAAUCGCAACAAUGCGAUAUUGUAGAGUUAUGUCCGGUGUGGAUGUAAUGUUACGUGAUCAAUCGUGAUUUGGUUAUGGUUAACAAAUAAUUGUCGUAACCAAAAUUUUUAUGUACAAUAUUGUAGUACAUAAAUAUUCUAAUCUGUAUCAAAAGCGCAACAAACCAUGCGGCGAAAAGCACACAGCAGAAACUGUUCCUGUCCUCUAUGUGUUAAAGAAUUCAAAGUAAGAGGCCUUCAAUACGGAAAACAUAUACCUCCUAAGGAACGGCUGCUACUGGAUAAGUUGGUCCGCACGAGAGCAGUAUAUGACGACAUUAGGGCUCAAUUAGUUACAGACAGUACAUCUCGUAUGAAGAAAAAUGCCAAUUUCAAAGCGAAAGUGCGUUCGUCAACAUCUGAAAUUGAUGAUACAGAAAUGAGCAGUGCUAUUUUAGAACUUGUAAACGUAGUGGAUAGAGGCGCCGCAAUAAAUGCAUCAAAGUUGAGCACGUGUUGUAGCUGUUGUAGUUGCUCUUCACAAACGGAUGAACAAGGACGUAAACAUAAGGUACACAAACAUAGAAGGAGAUAUUCCGGUGGUUAUCCAAGAGAUCGAUUUAAACAUAAAUUUAAUAGGAAAGGUGGUGUGAGAUUUGAAACAAAACAUAUUAAAUCAGAUCCUUGUACUUGUACUUUGAGUUUUGCUUCUCAAACUAAUUUAAAGGGCUUAAUGCGCCAAAAGAAUAUACCAGAAAAUAAACAAAACGUGACUUCAAAGACAAGUCUAUACGAAAAAUUAGCUUUUAAAGCUAAUAAAUCAAUAGAAAAAAUACACGACUCAAUUGACAAAAUAAAGCAUAUGAGAGAUAAGAUCAAACCAAUAGUACCUCCACCAGAAGAAGAAACAUAUUUAGUUGAGAACGAAGGCUCAGCUAAAGACAAAAUCAAAUUUUUUGCAAAUCAAUCGUAUCAACGGUUAAAAGAUUCCCAAACACAACUAAAAUACAAAAUUAUGGAUGCUGGCGAAAAAGUUGAGUUAAAAAUCCAGAGAUCCAUAGAAAAAUUAAAGGAAACUCAGAGUAAAGUUAAGUUAUUUCGAAAAAAGAAAAAGAAAUCAGUAUCUUGUAUUUGUCCACAAAACGAUUUGCUCCAAAAAAUAAAAAAGGAUUCAAUACUAAAAUUUAAAGAUGACAUGAAGAAAAAACAUGAGAUCGAUGAUUGGAUAUGUGAUCCUCCAUGCAUCAUGGGAACAUGUCUACCCGAUGAGUGCUUAGCAAAUAUAUUAAUUAGAAAUGAACAAAAAGCUUUAAACUCUUAUAGACGUAACGUUGGAAUAACUUCAUCCACGGAACAUAGCGAAAAAAAUAUUAAUGUACACCCUAAAACAUCAAUCAGACAGAUACAAAAAGAUCUUCUAAGGCACCCUAUGAAAUCUUCUAAGGUAAUGCCGCGGACUAAACGAAAUAAAGACUUUGGCCAGGGUUUGAAAGUUGAAAGAAUUAAAGAUAUUAAUAAAAAUGCUGCCCCAAUCGCACAGUUAGCACUUAAGUCCGAAAAGCCACGAAAACAAAUUCUUAAAAGAACAGAAUUGAAUGCACCGUUAGGGUCAAAUCAUCGGCAAGCUGUGAGAAUUGGAUCCUCGUUUAGCUUUGAUAUAGAAUUUUAUAAAGAUGCUAGAGCUCGUAAUGUAAUGCCCUCUAAACCUGUUUAUAGCAAAUCACCUCUGAAAAAAAAUAAAUACUCUAAUAAAGUAAGAAGGUAUCCAAGAGCUUCUCAAGUUAGUUUUAGAAAUACGAGGAAAGAUUCCAAAGUACAUGGCUUAAAGCGUUGUUUCUGUACAUUGAAGUUAAAACUGAAAAAGCCUAAAGUUCAACAGGGAAAGUCCGUUGCCACAAUGUCUUCAUUACAAAACGACGACUUCCUCGUUCAUUCGACAUCCACUCAAUCAAAAUACAGGAGCCAUGACUUACUUCCUUAUAUGUGUGAGCCAGGUGUUUGCGUACCGUAUCAAUGCGAUCCACAUAUAUGUCUAGAAAUGAUAAACAAAAGGUUAAGAACUCAAAAUAUGCAGUCUAGACCAUCUUUAACUAGUUCACGCAAGACCAAGUCAACUUCAAGUGUCACCGCAAAGUCUGUGAUGUCUUCGAAAGCUAAACAGGUUCAAUCGGCUAUUGUAAGUCGUCCAAAGAAAAAUAAUAAUAAUUUAAAGUUAAAACGUAAAGGCCUCAAUUUUAAAUCCGGGGAACGUAACGUGGUUCGCAUUGGUUCAACAUUUAGCUUUAAUAUUGAGUUUUAUAAAAAUAGAACCCUACCAAGACCAGAAAAACGUAUGGCUAUUAAUACUUUCACGAUUGCCCCAAAAGUUAAGACAUUUCAUAAUCAAAAUUAUAAAAAUCAGGAUAUGCCCCUGAAAGGCAUUAAUUUACAAAGAUAUAAACACCGGGAUGCUCCAGUUAGACUAAAGAAGAAGAAAAGAUAUAAGAACGCUGUAGUUGGUACCAAAAAUCUUGAAAAAUAUGUAAAUGGAGAAAGAGUUAAUCGUGGCACUACAACUAAAAAUAAAUUGAAAUAUACAAAUGGCUUAGAAAAUUACGAAUGCGAGCCGUUUGUAUGUACACCUGGCUAUUGUGAUCCGUAUGAAUGUUUAGAAAGAAUAAAACGACGUAGAAAGGAAGCGAAAGAUGUUAGUCUAGGGCCUUUGUUACCAGAGAGCAAAUCUACCUUUAGUUCAACCUACUCCGAAAUGAAAUCAAGAGCCGUGAUGCGCCAUACGCCGAAAACCAAAGAACGUAAAAUUUUGGUUAAAACACGACAAGAACAUCGCAAGAAAAUACAAAUGCCCAUUUUGGUUUCUGAUAAAAAAUCGAGGAGAUCAGUCACGUUGGGCUCUUCAUUCAGUUUCAAUAUUGAAUUUUCUAAAAGUACAGGUAAGGGCAAUAGAAACACAGGUAUUGUCCAAGUACCUACCGAAUUAAAAACUUCUACAAGAAAUACUAAGAAUCAAGCGAUAAACAUGCAUAAAGGUAAAGCGAGUAGCAAAUAUGUUGAAAGCGAUAAUGUCAAAAAAGUAAACAAAUCUACUGUUAUUGGGCCAAUUCUUAAAAGAUGUUUUUGUACGUUAAAUUUAAUUAAAAAACAAAUACAACAAAAUAAUGCUAUAACAACAAGUAAUCCUAAAAACAAUAUUUACUUGGUAAAUACUGCCGUUGUAAGCAACGCGAAUAUUAGAAAACUUCAAUAUAAUGACACAAAAAUAAUCACAUCGAAAUUAUCAUUUAAGCAAAAACACAGUUGCCAAAAUUUCAAUACUGGUGAAAAUACCAAAGACUUAGAAUCCCAAAUAAUUAAAACAUGUGCUUUAAAGAAGGGAUAUAAAAAUAUAGAUCACCAAAAUUUUCAGAAUACUCAAUUUGUUGACUCAAAAGAUGUCACAGGUUUGAGGUGUUAUUUGAAACGCCGCUUUUGUACAAUGAAUAUGGAAAAUAUACGCAUUCGAAGAAAGUUAAAACCUUAUGAAUGUGAACCUGGAAUAUGUAUUCCAGGUCAGUGUAAUCCGUACGAAUGUCAAAAAUUGAUAAUGAAAAGAUUUCAAAGAAAUAAUCAGUCGAUCACUGAGUCGUCGACUCGGCCUGCUGCAAUUGGUACUUAUACACCAAAAUACGUAUCAAAAAAGUUGAACUCCCCCAACAAAUUUCGUGAAAUCCUAGAACAGAAAAAUUCUUUGGGGCAAAAUAAUACACAAAGCAAUAAAGCAAAUCAAAAAACUCGUAUUGGAUCAAGUUUUAGUUUCGAUGUAGAAUUCUUUAAGAAGUACUCAACUGAUCAAGUUAGGACAUCUAGUGGGUAUAACAUAAAAAAACCUAGCCAUAACCUCAAUUUAGAAAAGGUUAGACGAAAUAGAUUGAAAUAUAAAACAACAGGUACAAAAUUGGCUAAAAGAAAACGAAACCGCGAUAGUAAACUACAAUCUGAUUUAAGAUCUAAAUUUGUACACCAUUCUUCCGGUACAGAAUCACAUUUGGAAAGGUGUUUUUGUACAUUAAAUUUGAAUAAGAAAGGAAAACUACUUGAAAUGCAUACACUCGAUAAAAAUCAUUUAUUGCAAACUAAACUGAACAGAACUGACAGGGAUGCAUUGUUGAAAAAAAAUAGUAACAUUAAUAUAGAUAGAAGCCAGAAUACAUCUCUUUUAGACCAAGUUAACUUUUCGUCAUUGUUGCCAUACGAAUGCGAACCAGGAACUUGUGUCCCUAAUGAAUGUGACCCUUACACAUGUUACGAUGUAAUUAAAAAGAGAAGAAUGAAAUAUAAAGGUACAAAUACACCAGGCCAAACAUCCGUAGGUGUUUCUAGCCUUUAUCUACCUAGACAUUCACGAGCUACUCUCUUUCGGGAUAAUGAAAUUAUAAAAAAAAUGCCUGUGUCUACGCAGAGUAAUGCUAUUCAAAAAAAUAAUAUAAUGUUAGAGAACUUUAAUUCAUCUGCUGCGUUUGACUACGUUCCUGGAAACCAAAGAGUGCGAAUUGGAUCAAACUUUAAAUUUGAUAUUGAAUUUUAUAAAGAAAAUAAUAUUGUAGGUCACUCUACUGACCGAAGACAGCAUGGUAAAGACAAUAGCAUUUUAGAACAAUAUAGUCCAAAGCCUAAAAGGCGAAGACAUAGAGGGCUCAAAACUAGAAAAAAACAUAUUGGUUUAACUUCCACCGUCAGUGGUCUCCAGACCAAAGCCCUUAAUAAUAACAUCUUAGGAACAUCUAUUAAACCAUUUUUAAAUAGGUGUUUUUGUACAUUACGAUUACACAAAAAUGGUAAAGCUAAAAGAAAAGUAAAUCAAAAGAGUGCAAUAACUAUGACAGAAAUAAAUAAAAAUGGAUGGGAAUUACAAUCAUAUGAAUGCGAACCAAAUGUGUGUGUUCCUUAUCAGUGUGACCCCUAUGAGUGUAAAGAACUAAUUAAAAGAAGAUUAAGAUAUUUACAAUACAGAGACGACGGAACAUCAACAAUAGUCAAAAGGAAAAAUUCGGUAAAUUUACUGACCACACCCAGCAUAAAAACAGAAGGAAUAAAUACUAUCAAUGAUGAUAUGGUAUCAAUAUACAAACAUAAAAAGAUUUUAACAGACGAUAUUAUUAGAAAAGAUACUGAAAGUAGGCACUCAAAACUUGGUCAAGCAGUAAGGAUUGGAUCAAAUUUUAGUUUUGAAAUAGAAUUCUCUAAAGGAGCUUCAAAUAAAGUCGUGGAACUUAAAAAGCCAGAAAUUCAAUCAGUGAACCCAAAAAGAAAUCAAACCUCCUAUAAACAUAGAACCACUGCUGCAGAUAUUAAGACCCAAAAAUCAAAUAAGUUCAAAAAAUAUAGACAACUGGCCGUCGGGGUUUCGCCUUUCAUCGAAAGAUGUUUUUGCACACUAAUGUUGAGUAGAAAAAAAAAAGAUAAAAAACAAUCUAUACACACUAUGAACGUCGGUGUGGAGACGAUCGAUACUGAAAAUGAACCUAUGAAACUUCUUCCAUACGAAUGCGAGCCAAAUGUUUGUGUACCGGGUGAAUGUGAUCCAUUGGUCUGUUUGCAACGGAUUCAAAAAAGAAAUUUGAAAAGCUUGGGUGUAGAAACCAUCUACAAGCAGAGAAAGUCAGUUGGUAGUAUGUCGACUCCAUAUAGUAAAGAUAAAAGUAUUCAGUCCAGGCAAACUCGCCCUAAGGCUAGCGUUGGAUCACAAAGAUUUGCGUCACAAAUUAAGGAAAAGCAACCAAAUCUUGACAAAAUUAGCAGAGAUACGCACAGACAAGCAGUAAGAAUCGGCUCCAAUUUUAGUUUCGAUAUAGAGUUUUAUAAGAAUAAACCUUUGAAAUUCAAAAAUGGGUUUGAACAGAAAGAAAAUAUCACACCAGGAAAUCGUAAUAUUAAAAAGGUAAACAGAUAUCAAAUAACACAUGAUAGUAAACGUUUAGGUAGUACAUACUCACAAACAUUGGCAAAUCAAAAAGACGCUGCGUCCAACAUGGCCAGCAGCUUAGAACGAUGUUUUUGUACUCUAUUUUUACAAAAAGCUCAACAAGAAAAGCGUCAAAAUAUUAAAUUAAAAAAAGAACAUAAAACUCAAACAAAAUCUAAGGCUUCUAUCGUAAGUUCGUUUUUGUCAAACAAAUUAAAGCCACUGAUUUUUCAUAAAAAUAAUAAACAAACAGGUAUAAGAUUGCAUGUUAAGUCAAGGGCACAGAAAAAUACUGUUAAAUUAGACCACUAUGAAUGUGAGCCUUAUACUUGUAAACCAGGAUUGUGCAAUCCUUAUGAGUGCCUUGAGCGUAUAAAGAGACGACACUUAAGAGAAAAUACGACAUCAACUAUUGCAAAUAUUUACGAAUCCAAAGCAAGUUUAACGCGUAGCAAUAACAUUCAGCAUAGUGGCACUAAUCCCAGACGUUAUUAUAUAAACAAAAGUAGUACAGCUUAUAGACCUUCAAAUGCUAUGACGGUUAUAUCUCCGCGACCGAGAGAUAUUAAUAACCAAAGCGUUCGGCUUGGAUCUAGCUUUAGCUUUAAUGUUGAAUUCUUCAAAGACAAUAAAGGAGUUACCACCAACGACAAAAACAAAUUUAUAGUGCUCGAUAGCAAACUUAAGCCGUAUAAAGAAAAUACAUUUCAAAAUAAAGAUAAGGUUGGAAAAGAUGUGAGGCACAAAUACAUUAACAAUACUCGCAGGAAUAGGAAUAUUUCAUUUUCCACAGAAACACCAAUGAACACAAUAAAUACAGGCACUGAUCCUGUAUUAAAAAGAUGUUUUUGUACUUUACAAUUGCAGAACAGAUCAAAAAGAAAUAAUAGAAAUCAGAUCAAUAAACCACACCAUCAGAAGAAAUAUAUAUAUAACCAGCAACCCACACUUGCAUAUAUUGCAACUAGGUUUGAAUGCCCCCCUUCAUGCAUAAAUAAACAGCAAAACCUAAAUUGCCAAGAUGAUAACAAUCAAUAUGUUGAUGCAUUUAAUAGAUGCGCCGAUGUUAAUUUACUAUCUAAAAAUACAAAGGAAAUACAAUGCAGCUCUAGCCUACGUAUGAAUAAACCGCGAAACAAGAAUAAAGUCAAUUCCGACCGUUUCUCAGAAUUAGUUAGUUUUAAAAACACUGUACCAAGACCAAUUCUUGACGAAGAUAAUAUUAUAACUCAUAAAAACAUGACUAAGUUCAGUUCAGUAUAUAAUAAACAGAAAUUAUUUGCACUAGCACAGUCCCCAUAUCACCAAGUUUUUGAAGUAAGAAGGGUGAAAAUACAGAAAAAUAAAAGUAAAAUCAUGUCAACAAGCGAAGAAGCAAGAUCUGUGGGCACAAAAGUUAACGAACAGAUGCUUCAUUCUAAAUCCGCAUAUGGUCAUAAAUGCUCCUGCCGUAAAAAAGUAAUGAAAAAGGAUGAUGGCGCAAUGAAAAUAAUUUUACCGUACAAACCUACAAGGUUUGAUAAAAUUGAUAGUAAGCAUAUAGUGCAAGAAACAAAUUUUAAGCCUGUGAAUAAUAAAUUUUAUAAUUUACAUAUUUCCAAUAAUGGAAAAAGGCUUUCACGAAAAAAGAGUAAAAAUUUUAGUAACGGAGUUAUUGGAGAAAAUAGAAAAUUUUCUCGUUUGAAAAGAUUUAUGUGUCGAUGUUCUGGAAUUUUAGGAAAUUAUGAGAAAAAAUCUUCAUUGCAGGAAUUGUACAAACAAAAUUUAGAUUUAGAUACCAACAAUAAUAUUAUUACUUCAUUUAGCGAAAGCAAGCCCCAAACGACAAAAGCUGACAAUAAUAUAAAAACAUCUAAAAGUUUAAAAUUAGGAAGAAAAGAAAAAAGCAAUAUUAAUUCCAAACAAAAGUAUUCUACAUUUGGAGCUGGUGAUACCGAACAGAAAAUGAAUCGUUCCCCAACCAUGAAUGGUAAAUUAGAUAUGUGUCCUCUUUGCAUGCCAAAUAAAACUCGAAUAAAACGUAAACAGAAUUUUGAUAAUGAAACACCAAUAAAAUCGGACCAGCACUGUCCGUUUUGUCAAUCUUGUUUUAAAAAGGGUAUUUUAAAGAAUGAUACUCCAUCAAGAAAAAGAAGUCAAGGCAAGAAAAAUAAAGUCGAUUUUUUACAUGAACAAUCAAAAAUAAAUAAAUCCGAGGCUUCAGAAAAUAAAACAAUCACAAUUUUUGAAAAAUUAUUAAAUUUCUGUAAAAAACCUAAAGAAAAACCAAAGGAAUUGAAACCGUUAUUUGCAAUGUACUUAGAUUCAUCGAGUAUGAAUAUUAUCAAUGCAAGAGAAAUCACAGAGAAGGUAAAAAAAUACAAGAAAAAGCAAUCAAAAUUUUUAAAAAUUCAUAAAAAGCCUCAUGGCAAAUCAUGUCAAUGUUGUAUAUGUCUUGGGAACAGUAGUCUAAGUAAGGUCGAUAAAAGUAAACCAUCAGCUAAAUUUAAACCCAAAAGUACAGCAAAAGCUAUAUCUAAAAGCUCAGCCAAAGCUAAAUCUAAUACCCCAAUCAAAUAUAAGGCAAAAUAUCCAAUAAAAUCAUAUCCAAAUCGGAAAUCCGAAAGUGAAUUAUGUGUAUGCGGAAGUAAAAUUUGUGCCAAGAAAGCUAAGGAGACUAAACAUUCAGCACAGCACACACCCAAAAAAGUAUUCAAACGAUGUGUAUGCGGAAGUUCUGUAUGCGAGAAGGAAUCUAAAGUUAUGAAAGACAUUGUAGAAAGGUCAAAAACUGUUUGCACUUGUGAAAAAAUUAUGGAUGAAAGAAGAGAGAAAGAAUAUAGAAGAAAACAAAAAAUGUUAACCGAGCAGUAUGCAAAAGAUGAUAAGUUGCGUCGCAAAUAUCGCAAGGAGGAAGAUAAGUUAGCUGAAAAAUCUAUCAAUAAAGAUUCUAGCGAUGUUAUGUUAUUGGCUGAUUCUUUAUGUGAUGUCACUAAGUUGGGGGUUAAGGGUGCUACUGACUUUACAAGGUUUCUUUAUAGGCGUGUGAGGAAUCCUAGAAAUGCUCGUGAAUCCUUGGAGGCCUUAAAAGAUGAUCCUGCACUUGCUUUGACGCAAUUAAAGGAUGCGCUGACAGAUAGUGGUGUCGGUAGUACAGCAAGACGAAUUAAAAAGAGAUUCGCAGCAAUGAAAACUGUUCAAGGUACUAAGGAAUUACUUGAGCAGUAUGCUAUUACCAAUUAUCUGCUACAUAUAGCAAGCAAGGAUCCAAAGAAACGUAUACCACGCGUUCGAAGAAAGCGUAAGGAAAGGGUUGAUUUCAAUUGCAAUCUCUUUGCGACUUCUCUUAGAAAGAAACCCUUUACAUUUAUUUUUGACCGGUGUCCUUGGUUUUAUCCACAUUGUAUAUCUCUUAUUAAUGUUUGGCGACAGUUUGCCGAUGUGAUGUUGUUUUUACUUGCUGUAGUUGUUUGGAGUCCUUGUAUUUUAGCAAUGGAAAUGUGUAGGGCGGUGUUGUGUUGCACUCUGUGUACAGGUUAGAAAUGUAACAAAAUAAAGUUUUAUGGGCAUUUUUA